CUCCCGACAGGCUAGACGUCAUCCUCGCUGCCCGCCGCUACCCGCACACUUCCUCUCCAACUUAAAACUCAUUUAUUUUGGGCCGUGAAAACAGAUUUCCAAUCGAAUUUUUUUGGGGAGAAGUGAAAAACCAUAAUGGAAACUUUCCCUGAUCCCCAUGACCGAUAUUAACAGUAAUUUAGUGUAACGUAAAUAUAUGAAAAAUGAAAUUUAUCCAAGAGUGAGUGGAUACACUGUGUAAUAUAUAACGUGAAUUGUUAAUGGAUCUCGUCCUUAUAUGACUGUGAAGUGAGAGGAGUAGCACCUGGUCUCCUGGCCUCCAGCCUAGUCUGUACCUGGCCUCCAGCCUAGCUUCUACCUGGUCUCCAGCCUAGUCUGUUCCUGGCCUCCAGCCUAGCCUGUACCUGGCCUCCAGCCUAGCCUGUACCUGGCCUCCAGCCUAGCCUGUACCAGGCCUCCAGCCUAGCCUGUAACAGGCCUCCAGUGUAGCCUGUACCAGGCCUCCAGCCUAGUCUGUACCAGGCCUCCAGCCUAGCCUGUACCAGGCCUCCAGCGUAGCCUGUACCUGACCUCCAGCCUAGCCUGUACCUGACCUCCAGCCUAGCCUGUACCAGGCCUCCAGCGUAGCCUGUGCCUGACCUCCAGCCUAGCCUGUACCUGACCUCCAGCCUAGCCUGUACCUGGCCUCCAGCCUAGCCUGUACCUGGCCUCCUAGCCUGUACCUGGCCUCCAGCCUAGUUUGUGCUUCUAGAUAUCUUUCCUCUAGCAACACCGUGUGUCUAGGUACGGCUGGAAGUGAUUCAGUUAUAUUGUUAAAGAAUCUGCAGGGUAUAACUAACAUGUCAUUGACAUGCACACACUUCGAAAGUGACAUGAGUACUGUGUGAGACGUGUUGUUAGCAUAACCGUCACACAGAUUAAAGUGAGUAAAUGCUAUUGGUGUCUUAGAAGAAGAAUCACGUCAGAGAAAGAAAUAAGGUGACCUAGUUAGCACGGCGCAGUGUCACUGAUAUGACAUGCAGUGACAUCAUGUUAGGCAAGUGACGUCCAGUACCCUGUAGCUGUGCAUCUGGUACCAGAGCAGUGACAAAGACACUGCAGGUUGAGCACAGAGCACUGCAUGAGUGCUGCACCAGGGAAGCUACGCUGAGUGUUAGUGAUUCUCAGCGGUGACUGACUCAGGCGACACAUAUCAUGGCUUAACAUACUGACGACACCAGGUGCUUCCUCUGCUACCAUGUGCGUUACGACCACCAUGACCGCUGCCAUGACCGCUACCAUCACCGCUGCUCCUACCAUAGCUGCCAUCCUCACCGCCCUACUCCUCUGCCUUUCAACAACCAAAGGUCAGGAGAGCGAGGAAGGAGAGCGACACGAAAUAACAUGGGGUCGACCCAACACUAACACUGCUUACUUUGACGACGACACUCCCACCAACGUCACGGCUGUGGUCGGCCAGAAAGCAACACUCCCAUGCCAAGUCAUCAAUCUUGAUAAGAAGGAUGUGUCAUGGAUCCGGCAGAGAGAUCUACACAUCCUCACAGUCGGCAUCUUCACUUACACCAGUGACGACCGCUUCAAGGUGUAUCAUCCAGAAGACAGCAACGAGUGGUACCUGGAGAUCAGUCCCGUCACCUUCAGGGAUGCUGGAGUCUACGAGUGUCAGGUCUCCACCAGCCCCAAGGUCUUCCUACCCAUACUCCUCACAGUGGAAGUGCAACAAGCUAGGAUCCAGGGACCCAAGGAAGUCUACAUACAGAGCGGCUCCACUAUCAAGCUUACUUGUAUCGUCAACACUCACUCAGAGAACGUGGGCGCUGUUACCUGGUUCAGAGACACUAAUGAGCUAGACUACGACUCCCCCAGGAGAAGAGUCGGCCGCCGUGCACACAGCGGGAUCAUCGUGUGUGUGCAGCAGUGUGCUGGUGGUCACAGGUUGCCUGCUUCUGCUACUUCUACCUGGGCCUCGACCAAGCUGACCCCACCAACCAGGAUGUGGAAUGUCCUUCACGCUGGUGGGACAUUAAUGUAUGAGGCCCCUUCCUUGACACAAGACAGAAGUGACGUGGAUAUAGCUGCAGAAGGUCUAGGUGGACAUGUGUGGCCACCAGUGCCACUCACAGAAGCGAUGUGUGGCCACCAGUGUCAUUCUCACAGGAGCGAUGUGUGACCACCAGUGCCACUCUCACAGGAGCCAUGUGUGGCUACCAGUGCCAUUCUCACAGGUGCUAUGUGUGGCCACCAGUGCUGUCUCACAGGAGCUAUGUGUGGCCACCAGUGCCACUUUCACAGGAGCCAAUUGUGGCCACCAGUGAGACUCUCACAGAAGCCAUGUGUGGCCACCAGUGCCAUCUCACACGAGCUAUGUGUGGCCACCAGUGCUACUGUCACAGAAGCCAUGUGUGACCACCAGUGCCACUCUCACCGUAAAUGACACAUCUCCCCUCCUCAGCAUCAUGCCCUUAUGAAGGUGCCAUCAGCGUCAUACCCUCACGAGGGUGCCACCAGCGUCAUGGCACCAGGAGGGUGCCAUCAGCGUCAUGGCACCAGGAGGGUGCCACCAGCGUCAUGGCACCACGAGGGUGCCACUAGCAGGCUGCCGCCCUCUCGUCGCUAGCACCAUCACAGCCAGCAGCAUCACCGCAGCAUCCACCACCCAUCACUCACCACCAUCAGCGCCAUCACUGUGUGCCUUAUUAAUCCCUCUCUCCCUCACAAGUACGUCAUGAUAACCAUCUCCACCAUCAUACUCUCCCAACACAUCACUUUCACUCUCCACUUUCACUCUUUUUUCACUCUUUAGUCUUUUCUGCUGUUCACUCAGGAUUUAAACCCCUGUUAAUCCUCAUUUAUAUUUCCUUUUAUAUUUCGCUGCUUCACUCACGAUUUUUUUUAAGUUCCCGAUUUUAUUAUGUACUAUGACAAUAUUCUGAAAAAAAAGUCAGCUGAAAUCCUCUGGAAAGGAGAAUAAUAAGAUAAACAUAUACGAUAGUAUAUAUUUAUUCACUAGUUACAGUGACACAGGUCGUCAUAGACACACACACAUACACACACACACACACUCUGCAGCGGAUAUAAUACACAGCUUCAAUGAAAGGUAAAACAAACAUAUAGACAUUCUCCUCUGCACGUACUUAAUACACUUCAUUAUUUUUGGUUUAGAUAUUGGUGUCUCACACGUCAAGAACAACACACAGUCACACCAGAGAAUGUACUCUGGUGUGGUCAGGAAUUACUCAUCAAGAUGAAGACAGUGACAUCAGCAACACACUGCUGACAUCCUUCUCCUGGACGAACAUUCACUGUGCUUAACUGACGGUGUUCAACUGACUGUGUACGGAGGACCUCCAGUCACAAUAUACUUGCUGUUGUCAAAGAUAUUAAAACUAGAAAUUUUCUCUUUAUUUAAAGAAU